CCUAAAUAUAAACUGUUGGUUGUAAAGAGGCAGUACCACUGGACUUUCACAAACUCCACUUCUGACAUCCCAGCUGAGCAGCUGCUUUACUGAGAAUGCAAGAUGGUGAUGGAAAACAGCAAUAAAAUGCUUCAAGCAGAAAAGAAACAAAUCAAGCCAAAGGAUGAGAUCAGCAAUAAGAUCAACAACACAGUCUCUAGGAGCCCAUGGUUGAAGUUAUCUGGAAGUGCAGCAGGAGGACUGGGGGAGGUUUUCUUAGGGUCAGGUGUUGCAGUUUUGCAGGACAGAGAGGUCAAAGCACCAGCAGAAGACACCACCAACAGUGCACAGACAGGACAAGAGUAUGUUACAAAAGUAGGUGUUUACAAUGCAUUCAUGCCCACAACACCAGGGCAAGGAGCUGAGGGAAGAGAUGCACAAGAGCCUGAAAAAGCAGUGACAUCAAAGGUUAAAACAGAAAGAGUCCCACCAAGGAUCGUUAUUCCAGGUCCAGCUGGAACUCACAAGUGCAUCAAAGUGCUAAAAUUAUACAGGAUUGUGUUGCUGGGGGAAGCUGGGGCUGGGAAAAGCAGCCUGGGAAACAACAUAUUUGGAGAGAAUGUGUUCAAGAUAAAUCAACCUCCUAAAUGCCGCGGAUCAAGGGAAUGUCAAGUUGAGGCCAAAUCCGUUCACGGAAGAAGAAUUAUGCUGGUUGACACUCCUGGUUUUGAUGGCACAGAUGGUCCAGAGCCAGACCUGAAGGACGAGAUCCUGAGGGGUAUCACAGAGUGUGCUCCUGGGCCUCAUGCUUUUCUGAUUGUGCUCAAAGUUGAGAAAUUCACUAAUCAGAAGAAGGCUGCCAUUGAAAAAAUUGGCCAACUUUUCUCAGAAGAAGCUUUUAAAUAUGCUGCUGUUGUCUUCAUUCUUGGUGACCAGCUUCCUGAGGGAAUGAACAUCGAGGAGUUUGUGGAUCAUAAUAAGUGUCUCAGUGAUUUGGUAAAGAAAUGCAGCGGUGGAUAUCAUGUCGUUGAUAACAGAUGCAACCAAGAAAAAGACUGCAACCAGCUGCAGAUCUUACAGCUGCUCAACACAAUAGAGAAGAUAGGGAUGGAAAACAAAGGAGGAUGUUACACCAACAAGUUGUUGCAAGCAAAGAAAGAAACAGGAAACACAACAUCAGUGGGAAAUCUGCCACAAGCAGAGACUGAAAAUGAAGCUAACAACAGUGCCUGCAGGAAUAUGUGGAUAAAAUUAUCAGGGCCUGCAGGAGACGCAGUGGCAGAAGCUUUCUUUGGACCGACUGUUGGAGUUGUGCAGGAAAUAUGUGGAGAUCAAGAAGCAGAGAACGAGGAUAGAGGAAGUUCAACAAAUGCAGAGGAGGGAGAAAAUAGUGAAAGAGAAGCGGGAACAAAAUCUGAAGCAGAAGAAGGAAACAAAUCUAAUACUGAAGAAGACACUGAAGAUGAAAACGAGGAGGAAAUAGAAGAAACAAAUGUUGCAUCGGAAAAUGAAGCACGAAAGGUAGGGGGAAAAAAAGAUGCACAAGAAACUGGAGAAGAGGAAGCAACAGAUGAAUCAGAGGAAAGAAAAUCAACAAUGGAAGAAGUGCAAGAAAAAGAAGAAAGAAAAGCUAAAUUUUAUGAAUCCAUAUUUGCAGCUGUGGGAUCAAUAUUUGCAGCAUUCGCAUCAAUAUUUUCAGCAGUGAGAUUAAUAUUUGCAGCAUCAACAGCUGCUGCAACAGCAUCUUUAGCUGCAGCAACAGGAUCAACACCUUCAGCAACAGGAUCAACACCUUCAGCAACAGGAUCAACACCUUCAGCAACAGGAUCAACACCUUCAUCAACACCUUCAGCAACAGGAUCAACACCUUCAGCAACAGGAUCAACAACUGGAUCAACACCUUCAGCAACUGGAUCAACACCUUCAGCAUCUGGUUCACUAGCUGCAGCAACUGGAUCAGCAGUAGCGCUCAAAUUGGUUGAGGAACUAGUAAAAGCAGCUGCAGUGAUAAUCCCAAAAAUACAGUGGUUUAUAGAAAAAUUUAAACAACUUCUUGCUCUUUUAAGAGACCUGAAGGAGCAUGGUGGAGUCAUCCUUCUGGUGGUGGUUUUCUAUUUGUUGCUAGCAUUAUCUUUCUGUGCCAAUGUACCAGCUGCUGGAACCAUCCUGCUGUCAUUAGGAAUACUGGCAAUGUUCUUGUUGAUAGUGGCUUUGUUUUUGGUCAUAUAGAAUAAUAAUAUUACACAGCAACCUGUGCUUGUAUUGAGUCCAGAAGACAACAACACAAAUGAUUUAUAAAGAUCAACUUGAUAAUAGUUUUAUUUGCACAGGUUAUGUAAUUCAUUCUGAUUCAUGCAGAGUUUAAAGGGAGCCUCAACAACCACUUUUCAUUCCUAGAAUGUCAAAUAAAGUGAAAACCUCUCACAAAGACCAAGUCUGCAUGUUUUAUCCAGUGUUUUAUAAUAUAUAACUAAACCUCUGAUGACCUGGGAGUUAGACGGGUUUUUUUUUAAACAGCCAAGGUUUAAUUGUUUAUUUUCUAUUUUCUUUAUUAUCCUGAAUUAGUAUUGUAUUUUAGACUAAGCCAUUAUUUUAAAAACAUUGUUUCUCUACACAUGUACUCUGUGUGGGCUUUGUGGCACUUGGAGAUUCAUCAGCUGUAUAUUUUGUUUUAGCAUUUUUCUUAAAUUGAAAAGCUUCAGUUUGUGUCUUCAGCUUUUCAUUUUUUCAGUGUAUGAACAUUUUUAGAAAAAACGUUGCUUUCGUAUUUUAGUACAUCUAUCUUUUAACAUCAGCAGAAAAAAUUAUUUUAUCUUUAACGCUCUAUAUUUGACAAAUUUAGCUGGGUUGUUUUUCAUGUUCUUUUUGUUCAUUUGAUUUUUAAUUAUUUUAAGCAAAUAAUCUUAUUUCAUAGAUUUAAACUGAAGGAACACAGUUUUCUGUAUUUCUUCUCUGUUCUCUAUGCUGAAU